AGAGAGUGAAAAUUCUUUUUUUACUUUUGUUUUUGAAGAUCGUGUGUCCGUGAGAAAUCGUCAGCUUUUACAGAUUUUAACCUUCCAAAAAUUCUCUCUACAUUUCAAACGUCGAGAGAGAGAGAGAGAGAGAGAGAGAAAGAGCUUUCUUGCUUUUUUGGAGGUUUCCCAUGUCUAUCAGUAUCAUCACCACCACCGAGAAAAAUAUCAACACCAACCAAACGAUACUUCAUCUAAGAAAGAAGAAUUAGAAGACGAAGAAGAAGAACAAGACUCAAUGCCAUGUACUAGAUCAUAUCUUCCUCUUCUUCUUGUCCUCAUCUUCCUUGUUCCACCGUCUGAAACUGCACAAAACAAAGUCAUCAUCAAAGGAAACCAAACGAUCCUGGGUUUCAAAUCUAUCUUCCGGCUUGGUUUCUUCAGCAAUAAUGGUUCCUCCAAUUGGUAUUUGGGUAUCUCCUAUGCUUCUCUGCCUACUCCUACCCACGUUUGGGUCGCCAAUCGAAUCCGACCCGUCUCCGAUCCCGACUCCUCCACGCUCGAGCUCACCUCCACCGGUUACUUAGUCGUCAGAGACUCCGUCUACGGCGUCGUUUGGCAGACUGAUAACAAUGAACCCGGUACCCAUAUCCGGUUCUCUGAAACCGGUAAUCUGAUUUUGAUCAAAGACGACGGUUCUCCGGUUUGGCAGAGCUUCGACAAUCCCACCGACACUUGGCUUCCGGGUAUGAAUGUCACCGGCCGAACCACUAUGACUUCGUGGCGGACGCUGUUCGAUCCUUCCCCUGGUUUUUACUCUCUCAGGCUCAGUCCAAGCUUCAACGAGUUCCAGCUUGUUUACAAAGGAACCACCCCUUACUGGUCCACCGGGAACUGGACCGGAGAAGCCUUCGUCGGCGUGCCGGAGAUGACUGUUCCCUACAUCUACAGUUUCCAUUUCGUUAACCCUUACACUCCCGCCGCGUCCUUUUGGUACAUCGUCACUCCCGAGCCGAUGCUAACGCGGUUCAUGGUCGGCGCCAACGGCCUGCUGAGGCAGUACACUUGGGAGCCGCAGACGCAGAGCUGGAACAUGUUCUGGGUUCAGCCGGAUACUCCCUGCUCCGUUUACAGUCUCUGUGGUCAAUUAGGGGUCUGCAGCGGCGAAUUGCUCAAGCCAUGUGCCUGUAUACGCGGUUUCCGCCCUAAGAACGACGCUGCUUGGAGAUCUGAUGAUUUCAGCGACGGAUGCCGCCGUGAUUCCGGCGAAAAGACUGAUACUUUUGAGGCGGUUGGUGAUCUCCGGUACGACGGCGAUGUAAAGAUGUGGCGGUUGCAGGUAAGCAAGAGCUCCUGCGGCAAAACCUGCCUAGGAAACUCUUCUUGUGUUGGUUUUUAUCACAAUGAGAAAUCGAAUCUCUGCAAAAUAUUACUUGAACCGCCGAUUAAUUUGAAGAAUUCGAGCUCAUUGACCGGAGUUAAUGGUGAUCUCUUGUAUAUCAGAGCUCCGAGGAAAGGGAAUUCCAAGGGAAGCAUCUCUAAAACCGUAAUUAUACUGUGCAGCGUUGUCGGGUCAAUCUCUGUUCUUGGGUUUACUCUGUUGGUGCCAUUGAUGAUUCUGUUGAAGAGGAAUCGAAAGAAGAAGAAGACGAGGAAGGAAGACGAAGAUGGGUUCGCUGUGCUGAACUUAAAGGUCUUCUCUUUCAAGGAGCUUCAUGUAGCUACCAAUGGGUUCUCGGACAAGGUUGGACACGGCGGUUUUGGGGCGGUUUUCAAAGGAACAUUACCGGGUGCUUCCACCUUUGUGGCCGUGAAACGCUUAGAAAGACCUGGAAGUGGCGAGAGCGAGUUCAGGGCUGAGGUAUGCACCAUUGGCAACAUCCAACAUGUCAAUCUCGUUAGGCUUCGAGGUUUCUGUUCAGAGAAUCUUCACAGGCUUCUCGUCUACGAUUACAUGCCACAAGGAUCCUUGAGCUCCUAUUUGUCUAAAACAAGCCCCAAACUGUUAAGCUGGGAAAUCCGUUUCAGGAUCGCUCUAGGUACUGCCAAAGGGAUCGCAUACCUGCAUGAAGGAUGCAGGGACUGUAUUAUUCACUGUGAUAUCAAGCCGGAGAACAUUCUUUUGGACUGCGAUUACAACGCCAAAGUGUCUGAUUUUGGCUUGGCUAAACUCCUUGGCCGUGACUUCAGCCGAGUUCUUGCCACAAUGAGAGGGACAUGGGGCUACGUGGCUCCCGAGUGGAUAUCAGGUUUGCCCAUCACAACAAAAGCCGAUGUGUAUAGCUUCGGAAUGACAUUGCUCGAGCUGAUUGGUGGUCGAAGAAAUUUCUUUCCGCCAUGGGCAGCGCGUGAAAUCAUACAAGGCAAUGUGGACUCUGUGGUCGACUCUAGACUCAACGGAGAAUAUAACACGGAAGAGGUGACGAGGAUGGCAACGGUGGCUGUAUGGUGCAUACAAGACAAUGAAGAGAUAAGGCCAGCGAUGGGAACGGUAGUGAAGAUGCUUGAAGGAGUUGUGGAGGUGACGGUUCCUCCACCACCUAAAUUGAUACAAGCUCUUGUCUCCGGGGAUUCAUAUCGAGGAGUGAGCGGCACAAGCUGUAGCGAAGGCCAUGGAUGUUCGGAUCUCAAUACUGGAUUGUCUAGCCCCGGCUCACGGUCGUCUUUUGGUAGAUCUUCUCCUUGAUUAAUUUGAAGUUUGGUCAAAGCCGGUCUUACAUGUUUUAAGUUUUUUCUCUGGCUCUCUAAGAGGGUUGUAUGGAAUUGAAGCUAUGUGUCAAUUUCCCAUUAGAAAAGGGAUGAGCGUUAGUCAAAGCAUACAUGAGUCACAUUACCAUAGAUUCAACUCACUCAUUCAUCUAUUCUAUUAAAGCUGAAGUACUCACUA